CCUGGAGCUACAUUUGAGUUAAACAUAGAGCUGCUUCAAGUGACGCCUCCACAAGAGAAGUGAACGCAGAUUAGACAAGUUUGAAGCUUCAAGCAUUGAAUAGUCCCACCAACAUUUGUCUAAAGAUAACAAUGGAGAGAAAAAAAGAGAAAGAUGUAAAGUUUUUGGAGUAUUUUGGUGUCUGGUUAUACCACCAAACUCUCUGGUACAGUAAAUAACCGGUAUAUUUGUUGGUCUACAAUUUGAUACACGUAAUUGUUAAAACCUGCUUGUUGUGAGACU